AUUAAUGAAAGAAAUGUUUUGGAUGAGUUUUGUCAAUUCAAUGAGCGAAAGAAAGAAGAAAAAAAAACCAUCGGAUUGCAACCACCCACCGCCAUAGCAAUUGCAAUACUGUGUUGUGGGACUACCGACUCGUGAGCUUCAUCAUCGUUUUUCCCUCCACUUUUACUACCCUUUACCAUUCAUUCGCUUUUUCUCGUACCCUUUUGUUUCUUCUUCUAACGUCCAUUAACGGAUUUCAAGUCCCAACAGCAGGAAUGCUCUUGAUUACGGCUCCUAAUUCCGCACUCUCUGCACUCUCCAGUUCUCUACCAAUCCUUCCACACAUUCUUUUCCGAUGCUCUUCAAUCUCCCCCGCUAAUCUUCCUUUCCCAUUUCUCGAUCAUCGAUUUCCUUCUACGUCGAACAAUUCCCUAUUACUUCGUGCCAGAAAGAGAAACUCAGAAUCACAGCCGGUUCUCAAACAAAACAUCGUCCAGGAAGUGUCCGAGGACGAAGAAGAUGACGUCCUUUUCGAUGAAUUUGAACAAGAUGAGAUAAUGGAAGACGAUGGCGAAGAUUACUUUGAAGAAGAGUAUAUGGAGGAUAAUGCUGAAGUCUAUUUAGGGGAUGGUGGGGAAGGGGGUGGUAUUUCCCUUGCUGGGACUUGGUGGGAUAAACAAGCACUCGCUAUAGCUGAAGAGGUUAUUCUUUCAUUUCAUGGUGAUUUGAAAAUUUAUGCUUUCAAAACAGUCUCUAAUUCCACUGUUCAAGUGCGGAUUGAAAAGCUUUCUACCAAAUCAGGUUCCCCCAAUAUGGAAGAUAUUGAGGCUUUUUCUACAACAUAUCGAGCAAGAUUGGAUGACGCAGAGCUUGCUAAAUCUGUGCCAGAGAACAUAUCUUUAGAGGUCUCAUCUCCUGGUGUUGAACGGGUUGUUCGGAUUCCUGAUGAGCUGGAUCGGUUCAAAGAGAGGGCAAUGUAUGUGAAAUACACAAAUGAGGUAGUUACAGCCAGUUCAUCCUCCGAGAGUGAUGGUGUUUUCAAGCUUGUGUCGUUCGACAUAGAAGCAAAGUGCUGCACUUGGGGUAUAGCAGACGUGAAGAUAAAUAGAGAGAAAGCUGGAAAAGGAAGACCUCUUAGCAAAAAGCAAAGAGAGUGGCGUUUAGAGACUCCAUUUGAUUCAUUACGGUUGGUUAGGCUUUAUUCUGAUUGCUGAUAAUGAAAUCAAAUUUUGGUGGGAAUUCAGCCCCUUGAUGAAUCCAAGUUGUAUAGUAAAUCCACUUCCGUUGAUUCUAAGAUUGAAAAUUUGUUGUUGAUCAGGUUUUAGAACAAGAAAGAGUUCCCUUCGACUCAAUUUUGGUAGUCUCUAGCUCACGCUUUGAUCAAGAAGCUUAGCCUCAGUAUAUGAGUUUACCAACUUAAGUUUGUUAAUCUCAUAGAGAAUUAAUUUAUGUUCUACAGACUCUGACGUUUGGAAUCCAUCUUUUAUGGCAUCAUUUUUAUGUGUGAGCAUAACAUAACGUUGGGGUUUGGAAUUGAUUUACAAGUGGUUUUAGAAAACGGAGCAAUAAAGUACUUUGUGAGGAAAUACUUUAGGAAUUUUGAGAGUUUGUCAAGGCCGUGUGUUUAGAUUGUAAAGCUUUAUCUGGGUGUUUUAGUUAAUGUUUAGGUGGUGUGAUGUUAAUGGCUUUAUUAAUAGUGUAUUUGGUCGAUACAUUUGGAAUUUGUACUGAAUAAUAGGUAAUUUGUAUAUCAGUUAUUUAAUUAUAAAAUAAUGUUUUUUA